AUGGGUAUCAAGGUAACUGAAAACAGAGUGUUUGUUGCCGGAGGUAACACUCGAGCUUAUUUAAGUAAUGAUAACACCCGUCUCUUCACCUUGAAUAAGAAUGCAUUGGUUAAAGUACAAAACUUAGAUGAUCUGGAAAAGGAACCUGAUAUUAUAGAUGUUUGCGAGGAACCUUCUACAUUGGCAUUGAGCGAAACGAAUCCGAAUUUUAUUUACGUUGUGUCCAAAAAGGGUGAUUUGUAUUGGUAUGAUGUUAAGGAAUACACUAGUGGAUUGUGUUUUAGAUCAUCACUACCUUUACGUGACCUAAGCCUAAUCCAUGAUGACAAAGUCUGUGUAGUUGGAGGUGAUGACUUGGAAAUGACGCUUGUUGCAUUAGAGAAGGACAAAGAUAAUAUAAAAGUGACUUUAGAUGAGCAAUUGGUUAGUCUUUCAUACAAUAAACAGAACAAUAUCUUAGCUGUUUCCUUAAGCAAUGGUAAUAUAGACUUCUAUUCCCUUAGCUCAACAAUUCCAAAUAAAAUACACACACUGACUGAUCAGCUACCAAAAAUAUUCUAUGAUGAUGAUAAAGCAGAAGAUUCUACGUCUGGAGAAGGUCAGGACUCAAUACCAAUCGAUGGUCUUGAUUCAUUAUUAUGUGACGACAAUAGAACAUGUACCAGAAUCUCGUGGUCAAAUAAAGGUGACUGCUAUGCCGUGCCAGCUAAGGACGGUACCAUCAAACUGUUCAAUCUAUCUGAUCAUUCAUUAACUACUACUUUCAAACCUAGUGUUGCUGUGAAUAACUGGGAUGCACUUAUUGUAGAUCAGUUGCACUCAAACACCAUUACAGCAGUCGGUAAUAUCAAUAAAACAUCCCACUUAUUUAUUUGGAACAUAAGUACUGGAGUACAAACAUCCCAUGAAACGACUACUUAUAGUGUCACUUCAUUAUGUUGGAGGAUUAACAGCAGCAUGAAUACAUUAAGUUUGAUAGCUGGUACAUGGUCUGGUGAUAUUAUAACAUUUAACGAUAUUGCAAAGGUCAAGGAGUCUCCCGGCAGUUCUAACUUAAAUAGAACUCUAUUUGCAGAAUCUGAUGAUGAAGAUCUCUUCGAAGAAAGUAGAGUAGGCGAAUUCUCCAAGAAUACUAGCACAGACCCAGAUCUAACAUCUAAAUUCCAAAAUGAUGGUAGCAGGAAAGAAUCCAACAAGAUUGAUAAACGUGUUCAUGAAGAUGAGGGAAGUGAAGAUAUAAACUCUGAUAAUCUCUUCACAGAUGCAGAAGAAGAAGAAGACGUUGGUGAAGGUACUCAUAGAAAAAGGACUUUUAAUUAUGAAGAUGAGAAUGACUUUAUUGAAGACGACGAUGGAGAAGCAGCCUUAUACAAGAAAGCAAGAAACCACUAUGAUUCAGUACCUUCUCUAGUGACAACAAAUUCAAGAAGAUCAAAUUAUCAAACAGUGCAACCUCAAUUUCAGUAUCGGCCAUUUUCUACUGGUGCUACACCAUUUGGAAAUAGUGAUAAAAGGUAUUUGACUAUCAACCAAAUAGGUCAUGUUUGGACAACAAGGAAUGAAAGUGGUAGUAACUCCAUCACAGUGUCCUUUUUUGACGUAAGUAAAUUCCGUGAAUAUCACUUCGAUGAUUUAUUCAAAUAUGAUCUUUGUUCGUUAACCGACGAGGGUAUCCUAUUAGGGCAAUCGAAGUUAGGGCAAAUUCAAUAUAGACCUCACGGUGUGUCUGGAGAAACUUGGACAAAGAAGAUUCCAUUAUUACCCAAGGAAAGAAUCACUUCGAUUGCAUGCACGCCUAAACGUAUCAUCGUUGGAACUUCAUUCGGUUAUCUCCGCACGUUCAAUGAAUUUGGAUUACCUUUGGCCAUUGAAAAGGUGUCCCCAAUUGUAGCCGUUACCGCAUACGAGUAUAGAAUUUUUACAAUACAUUACUCCCAGUACCACGGUAUCUCUUAUUCAAUGUUCCAGCAACAUCCACAAACUGGCGACAAGUAUUUCCAAAGAGAAUGUCCAUUACCAAUCACAUUACCUCAACAAGUGCAAGGUCAAACAGAAGAUAUAGAUAAAGAGUUCUUAAAGUUUGAAGACAUAUACCACGCUUUCAAUCCUCUGGGAAUCAAAUCCUUAUUCUUCUCAAGUUUUGGCGAUCCAUGCAUAUUUGCCAAUGAUAAUGUUCUUUUAGUUUUAUCAAGAUGGAGAUCGGGAAAUGAAGCACGAUGGAUACCGAUAGUAGAUACGAACCUAGAACUCUGGAAAAUGUCCGGCGGUAAGAAUGUAAAGGAUGUGCAUGUUUGGCCUCUUGGGCUAAAUUUUGACACAUUCUCAUUUUUACUGCUAAAAGGUAAGAAUUGUUGGCCAGAUAUUCCAAUGACUGUUCCCACUGAAAUGGAAGUAAGAAUGCCUUCUAUCUCAAAAACUGACAUCACUAAGAAGAAAACGGAAGAAGAUGAUGAUGAAUAUGAAAAUGAUACUAAAACUGACGGUAUAAACGAUCAAUCCGAAGUUGAGAUUCCUUUGGAUUUAGCUGCAGAAGAAGAAUUUUUGCGUUCUUCAGUGCUCAGUAGGUUACUUAAGGAUACUAUGGAUAACGAGGGAGAAAUAUACGGUAACGAAGCAGAUUUGUUACAACAUCUGAUAAGCAGUCAUGAUAAAUCGCUACUCAGAUUAUUGGCAUACGUAUGUUCCGAACAAGACGUCAACAAAGCUGUUUCGAUUGUAUAUGAACUAAAACAAGAUAAAGCACUUGCUGCUGCCAGGAAGAUUGCAGAGAGAGCAGAGAUUUUACCUCUGGUAAGAAAAAUCAAUGCUAUCAUUGAAGCUAAAUUUGAGGCAGAUUUCAAUAAUCUGUAA